CAUGAAUGAACUCUGCUUUAUGAACUCAAACAACCUUUUUAACACGUUGUAUCAUAUUUGUCACUGUUUUAAUUUUACUACAAAGAUUACCUGGUAAAAUUGUUGGAUUUCAAUGAACUUCUGUGAUUGUAGACGAUGCCGCGUCUGAACAGGACUUUUAUUUUGGAGUGACGGCAUGACGUCAUAAGACUGCGCCGCGCUCCUGCAUCUGCUGUGAUUCUGCUGAAGAAAGAUGGCGUUUAUUAAAGAAGAGACUGAAGACAUGAAGAUUGAGUUUAUUAAAAAGGAGACUGAAGAUAUGAAGAUGGAGUUUAUUAAAGAUGAGACUGAAGACGUGAAGAUCGAAGAAAUAUUCAGUGUGAAACAUGAAGAUACUGAGGAACAAACAGACCUGAUGGCACUGAAAGAGGCGAGUCAUGAACUUAAUGAAAGGGAAGAAGAGAAAAAACGUUACGAUAAACAUCAUGAUUUCAUGAUUGGAGAAAGAUUAACACAGGCUAAAAAGUGUUCCUCACAAAAAAAAGCUCAAAAGACAGGAACUAAAAGUUAUUUCACCUGCCAACAGUGUGGAAAGAGAUUUGAUCAACAUAGAAACUUUCAAGACCACUUGAGAAUUCACACUGGAGAAAAGCCUUACACCUGUCAACAGUGUGGACAGAGUUUCACAUUUAAAGGAAACCUUAAAGUCCACAUGAGAAUUCAUACUGGAGAAAAGCCUCAUACCUGCAAACAAUGUGGAAAGAGUUUCAGUCAAAAAGGAAGCCUUAUAGCCCACAUGAGAAUUCACACUGGAGAGAAACCUUACACUUGUCAAGAGUGUGGACAGAGUUUCACUGUAAAAGGAAACCUUAUAGUCCACAUGAGAAAUCACACUGGAGAGAGUCCAUUCACCUGUGAACAGUGUGGAAAGAGUAUCAGUGGAAAAGGAAACCUUGAAAUCCAUAUGAGAAUUCACACUGGAGAGAAACCUUUCACCUGCCAGCAAUGUGGACAGAGUUUUACACAUAAAGGAAACCUUAAAGUCCACAUGAGAAUUCACACUGGAGAAAAGCCUUACACCUGCACUCUGUGCGGGAAUGGCUUCACACGGGAACGAAACCUUAGGAAACACAUGAAUAUUCACACUGAAGAGAAGCCUUUUAAAUGUGAACAGUGUUGAAAGAGUUUCAGAUUUAAAGGUGACCUUAAGUGCCACAUGAGGAUUCACUCGAAAGAGAACGGUUUUAGAAGUCGUACCUGUGGAAAGAGCAGAGGUGUAAAGAGUACCUGAAAACCAUACUUGAGUAAAAGUACAGAUACCUGACAGCAAAAAGUUAAUCCCUUUACAAGUUAAAAGUGACAAAUUCUAAUACAACUUGAGUAAAAAAUCUUGGAGUAUCUAAUUUUAACAUUACUUAAGUAUUUUACUCAUGCUAAAUGUAGGCUCAGAGAUGCACUAAUCCUCAACACCUGAGAGAAAUGCCAGU